GUUUGGUGGGCUAAAGCAUGACAGGGGUAAAAAGGAAAAAGAAAAGUGCAGUGUGCUGGAAGAUCCAUGCUCUUCGUUGUGAAGAUAUCAAGCUGUGGUGCCUAAGAAGGUUUCCUAUUUUGGAGUGGGCAACCAACUACAAUUUAAAGGAAAAUUUGAUUCCUGAUGCCAUUUCUGGAAUGAUGUUGGCAAUUCAACAGGUGACACAAGGGCUGGCCUUUGCUGUUUUGUCUUCAGUCCACCCAGUAUUUGGUUUAUAUGGCUCUUUCUUUCCUGUCAUUAUUUAUGCCAUAUUUGGGAUGGGACGCCAUGUUGCAACAGGAACGUUUGCUUUAACUUCCUUGAUAUCUGCCAAUGCAGUUGAACGUCUAGUUCCUCCGAGCAGCAAUAAUUUCACUACAAGUAACAAUUCAGGAGUCUUGGGUUUAUCAGAAUUUGAAAUGAAGAGGAUUGGAGUUGCUGCAGCAGUUUCAUUUUUAGGAGGAAUCAUUCAAGUAACAAUGUUUGUGCUUCAUUUGGGAAGUGCCACUUUCUUGUUAACAGAACCAGUGAUAAGUGCAAUGACAACUGGGGCAGCUACGCAUGUCGUGACUUCACAAGUGAAGUAUCUUUUGGGAAUGAAAAUGCCAUAUAUAUCAGGACCACUGGGAUUCUUUUAUAUUUAUGCCUACAUUUUUGAAAAUAUCAAAUCGGUUCAAUUAGAAGCUUUACUUCUGUCCUUGCUGAGCAUUGUGGUGCUUGUUCUCAUUAAAGAACUGAAUGAAAAAUUUAAAAGAAUCAUUAAAGUCAUUCUUCCCAUUGAUCUAGUUUUGAUAAUUGCUACAUCCCUUGCCUGCUACUAUGCUGAUAUGGAAUACACCUAUGGCCUAGAAGUUGUGGGACAUAUUCCAGAAGGGAUGCCACCUCUGAAAGCCCCAACCAUGAAUGUCCUCUCUGAAGUAAUAACAGAAGCUUUUGGAGUGGCACUAGUUGGCUAUGUAGCAUCACUAGCCCUGGCCAAAGCAUCUGCUAAAAAAUUCCAGUACUCUGUGGAUGACAAUCAGGAAUUUUUGGCUCAUGGCCUCAGCAAUGUGAUUCCUUCAUUUUUCUUUUGCAUACCAAGUGCUGCAGCAAUGGGACGUACUGCACUUUUGUACAGCACUGGAGCAAAAACUCAGGUGGCUUGCCUGAUAUCUUGUAUAUUCAUACUUGUGGUGAUCUAUGCAAUGGGACCAAUGUUAUACUGGCUGCCUAUGUGUGUUCUAGCAAGUAUCAUUGUUGUUGGUCUAAAGGGGAUGCUAAUGCAGUUCCGUGACUUAAAAAAAUAUUGGAAUGUGGAUAAAAUAGAUUGGAGCAUAUGGGUUAGUACCUACGUGUUUACAAUAUGCUUUGCUGCUAACGUGGGACUGUUGUAUGGAGUUGUCUGCACUAUAGUGAUAAUGAUUUUCCGCUUCCCCAGAGCAGAGACACUGAUUUUGAAAAAUAUGAAAGAAGUGGAGUGUAAAUUCAAAACAGAAGCUAAUUGUGAAUCUUUGCAACAGGUAAAGAUAGUUUCGGUGAACAACCCACUUGUCUUUCUGAAUGCCAAGAAGUUCCAUGCUGAUUUAAUAAAGAUAAUCCAGAAGGACAAUGCAAGCAACCAAGCAUAUGAUGAUAUAAACAAGUGUGAACAGAACACAUUGCUCAAUCCAUUAUCCAAUGGCAGUUGUCAUGGUGAGUCAUCCGUAGAGCCAUGCCCUAAUGAGAGAUGUGCUUUCAUAUUAGACUGCAGUGGACUGACUUUAUUUGACUAUACUGGAGUCUCGGUGCUUCUGCAGAUUUACAUGGAUUGUAAAAAUCAGAACAUUAAUGUAUUACUAGCACAUUGCAAAGCUUCCUUGAUAAAAGCAAUGCAGUACAGUGACAACCUAGGAUCUGAAAAUCCUAUCUUCUUUGAAUCUGUUUCCUCUGCAGUUGGUGCUAUUCAGAUUAACAGGAAUUUCAGCAAACUCAAUGAACACAGUGAAGUGUGAUGCUGACAUAUUGCAGAG